CGAGUCGGGCUCCCUUCGGCGACCAUGUGAAUUCAGCCGGACAAUGGGAACAAUAUUCGCGAAAUGCUGCAAAACGCCCAACAGUAACAGCGAUGAUGCACUCACUAUUCUGGUGCUGGGCAUAGAAAGUGCAGGGAAAACUGAAGUCGCUUUGAAAAUUUGCCACCGAAAGCGAGGAGAUCAUGGACCCACCAAAGGAUGCCACCUGUACGAGACUGCGAUCGCUGAUAGCGAUAUUAAGCUGAUUGAAAUCGGCGGUGGAUCGGAUCUGCGGGAUAUUUGGAAGUAUUAUUUUCUAGAUGCUCUAGCUGUAAUCUUUGUAAUCGAUGCUUCCUCUAUAAACGCCAUCUGUGAAUCGUACAAAAUAUUUCAAAACCUGAUAUCGCACGAGUUCCUGGUCGGUAAACCGUUCCUCAUCUUGGCCAACAAGCAGGAUCUACCGGAGUCGGUCGAUUGUAUCGAUAUUUGCGAGUAUUUGGAUGUGGAAUACCUUGCCAAUCGGUACCGCUGUCCAUGCCUGGUAGAAGCGAGCGGUUGUUGGGGCGAUUCCGCCGAUGAAUCGAACGAGUACGACGGAUUGAGCUACGGUGUUCAGUGGCUGGUGAAAACCGUACUCGCGCACCGCCAGUUUAUCAUGAAUCGCAUCAAUUUCCACAAGCAUCUGAUUGGACUGGAACGCAGAGAGUCGGAUAGGGGGCAACAACUGAAACGACCACGCACGGCAGGACGAUUAAGGCGUCGAAAAUCGGAAAAAGCUGGUCGCCCAAAAACGGCUCCGUCUUCUCAGCUGGCAUGGUUGCAGCAGAACGAUAAUAAUUAUCUGAUCAAACGUAACAGCGUUAUCUCCGUGAAAAGUAUUCCUAGCAGUAGCAGCACCCAGACGAAGACAUCGACCGAGCCAACGAUUAAUUCAAUCUCCAAACCUCCGACCACCGACGAUGGUCUGUCCGUGGUCGAUGAAGGAGUAGAAACUAGUCGUAGUAAUAGCGUUGUCGGUCGGUUCGAACCCACCUUACACGAGGCUACUAAUUCCAUGGCUACUGCAGAGCGUCCGUCGAUUUCUACUACACGGAAGGAGGAAAUGACUUUGGAAGACUUGUCGCUAUCAUUUUCUGUAAAUGAGAUAAACGGUAAAGCGAUAGAAAUAAGCUAA